UACAAUUUUUAAAGGUGAAAUGGUGAUUGUUCUUAUAUUUAAACAGUUUGGCUGCCUAGACUUUCAAAUCAGGCAACACAAGAAACGAAAUGGCGAACAUCCUGUCCGUGUUGACCAGGAGAUUUGCGCUGCGGAGAUACUCCAAGCUGGAUACUGCAUUUCGAUUCCGUUUGGAGGAAAUGUCCGAAGACGAGACAUCCUGCACUAUUUCGGUGUUGCCCUCGGAUUGUGGGGACGGGCGUCCCUCGGACACGGAAGAGCUGUUGAGGCCGGACUGCGAGCCUCUGCCCACCACCCCCCCGCUCACCAAGGCCCCACCGCCCCACCAGUCUACCCCACCUACCGCCAAGAGAGAACUCAACUUUGAGGGAUUCGAGUGCGACGUGUCUGUGGAGGGGGGUGCCGACCCGACUGACCGGCAGGAGUUCUCCUUCACGCUGUACGACUUUGAUGGACACGGCAAGAUUACCAAAGACGACAUUGCAGGGUUGGUGACGACAAUCUACGACACUUUAGGGUCAUCUAUCCGGGUGCCUCACUACGGUAGCAAGACGAUCAAAGUGAAGCUGACAGUGUCACCAGAUGGUGGGCAACCUCCUGCACCCUCUGAACCACCCCCGGCUACCCAGCCUCGCAGGUACAAGCGGGAUCUCAACGUGACGAUACGAGAGCGUCGCCGUCGUCCCCAUACACGCCGCCACAGUAUCAGUAGCUCUGCAGCCAGUGAGGACCGAGAGGCAGAUGUCAGUGAGGAGGAGGAGGACAAUUUGCCACCUUCUGCGCACUCUCGGCUUGGAAACAACCUGCACAACACCAGCUGUCGCCUGGGCACUUCUCCAGUCAGUUUACAUCAUCGCAGUAAGAAACGCUCCAGUUCACUCCAACGACAGGAGCUUCUGCAGAUAAUCCAGGCCAACAUGGAGAAGAACAACCUCUGUUUCAAAACCUCAAGGAAACACUACAGCCCAGGACAAGACUCGAGUAGGCACAAAUCACCACACCACUACUGGGACAAAUGUGGUUCCAGGGGAAGGGGCAAGUGGCCAGAUGUUCCUCCUGUUCCAUCCCGACCUACCAACGCUACCACCACCUCCCCCCACCACCUCAAGCAUCGCCACCGCGAGCAGGAACAGGCUCGAGCCAUGGCGCAAGUGGUGCGAUGGCUGGAACAGGAGUUCUCCACACCACGUGGUGGUGGUGGUGGUGGUAGUGGUGGCCACAAGCACCAUAAGUCUGACCACCACAGAACAGAACACCAUCACAUCCAUGAGCAUGUUCACCACCACUACCACCACUACCAGGACACCCCAGUGCUUGUAUGAGAGACAAGUUGCGGUGUACUUGCCAAGUACAAUUCAUUUUGAGCCAACGUACUUUUGGCACAAAGAACUUCUUAUUCGAUCUUAAAAAAGAAUUUGUUGGUUUCAGACUGUGAUGGAAAUUACUUAGAUCCAGUAUUGUUUGGUUGUGUAGCUGACAUUAAUAAUUUUAUUCUGGUGAACAUUUUAAACAUUUAAAAAAAUUCCAAUUUAUAGAAAAUCUGAAUUUUUUCUGAUACAACCUAACAUAAAAACAUACAUUUUAAAGAUUUUAUAAAAUAUAGAAAAAGUACUUCUGUAUGUUAUAAACAAAUGUACUAAUAUUUAAGUUUACUUAUACAUUUACCUUUGUUACUGGAACAAAACACAGUAUUUAUAAAGCGUACUUAAACAAACUUGUGUUCUCUGAAUCUACACAAAGCACAAUAGAAAACUAUUGUUAUUUUAAUAGAUAAAACAAAUGUAAAGUCUGAUUGAAACCAUGGCAAAAACUGUGUAAUAUUUUAUAUUUAUAAGGCUUUAAAAUACUCACUUUUACAUGUUAUGUUAGUAAGUACAUAUAUCUACCUCAUCUAAGUUACUGCCUUUAAAGGGCUGCAUGUAAAUAGUAUUGUACAGUGGAUGGUAAGCUGUGAUGUGUACACAAAGUUAGAACCAUAAUGCUGAUGUUACUACUAAAAAUAGCUUUAAUAUUGUAUAUUUAUUGUUAAAUGUAAUUUAUAUGUACUUAAUGUCAAUGUUUAUAUGCUCACAUAACAAAUUAUUAUUUAAAUGAAUGUCAAUAAAAUGAUUAUUGUUGAAAUUGUUUUUGUACAAAUUUUAAUAUAUUAUUUAAGUUAAUUUAUGUCUAAUUGAUCAGUAUUUUCUAUUUAAUUACAUUUUAAAUACAGAGUAAAAUAAUAUUUUAAAAUUAUUUCAAUUAUCAGUGACCGGUUUUAGCACAAUCACUGAUUUUAAUUUUUUUAAUUUCAAACUAAGUAAUAUAAUUGAUUAAUAAGUUUUGUAUUAAUGAUAUCAUAAAAUUCAACUUUGAAACUAGUUACUAUCUUGCUUGAAUAAAAAUACUCUAUAAAGAAAAGAGAAACUUGUGAGAAAAAAAUAUAAAAACUAUGACAGACCUAAUAAACUAAAUUGCAUUAAUCUUAACUAAAUUAAAUUACCCUAAUUUUAAAUCCUAACUUAAUUAAAUUUUUGGACUACAAAAAAGAUUAAUUGAUUCAACAAUAUUAUAUUACCAAAGUUUCUGUAAGAAAACUUUGUAUACCGUAUUGUAUUUGUUUUCCAGAACAACAUCACAAAACUAAGUGUUUCAGAUAAAUUUGAAUUUGAAAUAAUAAAAUUAAUAAGUCAUGUUGCACUUACUUUUAUUACUUAGUAAAAAGUACAGUAAUUUAAUUGAUAUUUAUCACUAACUAGAUAUAAAUUAUGAUUGUCUGCUAAUGCAUGUACUGUUGUAUUUAUGUAGUUGUUGUAAUUAACUUGUAUUAUUUAUGUAUUAUAAAUAUUAUUUACAAUAAGAUUAUAUAUAUACAUAUACUAUUUAUAUUUUGUACUUUAUAACUGAUUCAAUUUUGUUAUUUUAUUUUUAUAUCUACUUGUGUAUUUAUACGCUUGUAUAUUUUAACGAUAAUUAAUAAAUUAAAUUAUAAGUCUGAUCAAAAUCUAUAUACUCAGUCAGUUUAGUUAUGCAAUGUAAAAAUAAUUUCACAUUUAUAAAUUACUGUUUUAAUAAUCUCCAUUGUUAUUAUUUCUACCUAAGGGUUAAAUAAUUUUAUAAAUAAAUUUUAAAUUUGCUACAAAA